AUGAAAUCUGAAAAUUCAGGAUCAUUACACCCAGAUUAUCUCGAGUUAAACUUAAAUAAUUCUAAAUAAUAAGAUUUAAGCAAUAGUACACAUGUUAAAUCAGGUCAUUGGAGUGAAGAAGAGCAUUAAUAAUACGUUCAAUUUUUACUGAGAGUCAAAGGCUCUGGAGAUUCAUAAAGAAAGGGACAACCUUUAUUUAAAAGAAUGAGUUAGAUCAUAGGUACAAGAAGUCCGAGUUAAUGUAGGUAAUUAUUUUAUCUAUUGAAGAUCUCACCAUUAGAAAUUCAAUCCUUUCAAUCCACGACUUAGAAGGAAUCAUAAAAAGAAAAAAUUGCCCAAAAUUGAAAAACCUAUAUUGAGAAGCAAAUAAAUAAUGAGAUAAUAUUUUUCCGAAAAUAAAGUACAUUCUGAAGAUGAAUUUCAGAGUGAUUGA